GUAUAUAUAAAUUUUGAAAUCCCGAAAACCCAAAAUCCAAAACCUUCGGCCGCUUAACUGCCAUGGCUGAAUCUCCUAUACCAGAAAUUCCGAUUAUUCCCGAAAGCCGGAAAAGAAAGUACACCGACGACGGCGACGAGGCAGCACUGUCGGGGCACCUAAAACGCAUCGUUUUAUCACUAAGCAAGCCGUCGACUCUGCUCGGCAUCGGCGCCUCAAAACCUAGGGCGGUGCACCGCGCCAAGCUCGAAAAGCUUCUCCGGAAGCUCGUGAUUCACCACAACUGGGUCGAGGCCAGCGGCGUCCUCAGCGUGUUGCUCGGCGGCGGAGCCAGCGACAGGUCGCUGGCGAACAACCGCUUCAUGUAUUGGGUUUUGCUGGAAAUGGUGGAGCGGUUGUCUGAGAUGGAAAAGGAGGAGCGUUUGCCUGGUAAUUACUCCAAGGAGGUGUGGAUUAAGAAUGUGUUUGAAGCUUGGGAGAAGAAGAAUGAUAAGAUGAAGGCAGAGUUAGAAGAGGUAUGGAGUAUUUGCAUUGUGUUUUACUUAUGCACAUGGUUUCGGCAUUUGUUCAGCCAUGAAGUUUUUUGCUUUUGUGCAGUACAUACAUGCUGUUGAACUUGAGCGCAUCUCGCUCUCGCUUGCAAAAGGGAAUCUUAUGGAGGCUGAAGCCGGUGCUUUCGGGUAAGGUUGUUAUUUUUGGGUUCGACUAGUUGCAAAAAUUUGCUACUGUAAUGGUUUACUGUGCUUGACUGAGGAAUUGAAUCAGAAUACCCUGCUUUCGUAAUGUAGAAGUCUAAUGUAGCCGGAACAUUUUAGAAAUCUAUUUUGUUUCUGUUUCAUUAUUGCUAGAGUAGUUUGGUGUCUUGUUCUGAUUCUUAACUUAAAGCUUGCUUCUUUUUUGUUUUGCAAGCCGGUUAAGUACUGUUCCAAAUCGAUUUGUCUGAGAAUGACGUUUUUAGUGUACUAUGGACCAUGUUAUAAGAAUGUAUAUG